ACGUGACGCCGCAAAACCAGACUUUAUAAGUGCUCGCUCCACAGCCCACUUUUCGAUUUCCGAGCCUUGCCCUGCCGCGCACUUCCACUUUCUCGGCGGCUACGUGAACCAGUGGUUAGUCACACACAACUUGAUCUGACGAGAAUUAACCCUCGGUCUCCAAAUUCUGGCUGGCAACUUGAUUUCACAACUUGAUUUCACAACUUGAUUUCACAGCUUGAUCACACUUGAUCUCACACUUGGUCUGACUCUUGAUCACACUUGAUCUCACACUUGGUCUGACUCUUGAUCACACUUGAUCUCACACUUGGUCUGACUCUUGAUCACACAUCCCUCAUUACCACCAUGAAAUCCUUUUCCGCGUUUCUCGGGGCGUUGUGCGUCCUACAGCUCGUGGCGGCAGAGCCGAAUAUGGAGGAGUUGGAGGGGACCUGGACGUCCAAAUCCAACACGGUCUUCACGGGCCCCGACUACUACGACCCCGUGGACGAGCUCUUGAUCGAGCCGGCGCUUCCCGGCAUCUCGUACUCGUUCACCUCCGACGGCUACUACGAGGAGGCGCUCUACCGAAUCACGUCCAACGGAGUGGACCAUUCGUGCCCCAUUGCAUCCAUGACGUACCAGCACGGAACAUACGAGCUCUUGUCCAACGGCAGCUUGGUGCUCACGCCGAUCGCCGUGGACGGAAGACAGCUCUUGAGCGACCCGUGCGGUUCCAGCUCGUCCAAUGCCGUUUAUUCGCGCUACGUGCAGUCGACGUGGUUCGAGAAAUACCAGGUCUCGGUGUCCUCCUACUACGGCCGCUACAUGCUCCAGAUCUACCAGUUCGAUGGCUCCAAGAUGCAGCCCUUGUACUUGGCGUACAAGCCGCCCGUGAUGUUGCCCACGUACGCGUUGAACCCCACGGACGCCGCGUCGGAAACCUCGUCUUCCUUGCGCAGGCGGAUCAAACGGUCCUUGGAGAACCUGUACCGGACCAGCGCGGUGCGCGACUUCUCGAGCCCCAAGCUCGACAUGUUUUGGUGGGCUGCGGUGGGUGUGUUGGGCGCCUCCUCGGCGGCCUACGUGCUCCGCGGAUAGAUACUGGAGGCGAGAUGUGGCUUUCUGCUCUUUUAGGGAUCGCGGCCGGAGCGCCUCCGUUGGCCGGUCGCGCCCUCCGUUUGGGCGUGGGCCCGGCAACGUGGCGGCGUAAUUGCAAACACCCGGCCUGGGGAAUGGGCCCUGCUGCCACACACAAUGUAUAGCGUAUUGUCGUAAACCACGCAUGAAC